AUGGCGACCCGAUAUUCGCUGCGCCAGACUCCUCGGAAGAAGGAGCUCUUCGAUGGCAUGGUUGAAACGCCAAAGAAGCAGUCUUCGCGCGCUCGCCAGUCCUCACAGGCCCCCGAAGCCGCAGACAUCGUAGAGUCUGUUGAGCCCGCCGCCCCUCGCGAACGCAUCACCCGCCGUCGCACCGCCAAGUUCAUCGAGAACUUGGAUGAAGACGACAUCAAGCCCCUCAAUGGCACUGCCAACGGUCACGCAAAUGGCCAUGCCAACGGCUAUACUAAUGGCAGCGCCAACGGUCAUGCCAAUGGACAUGCCAAUGGACAUAGCAACGGACACGCCAACGGCGCGCCGAACGGAAAGGAUGCGAUCCACACAAACGGAAACUCUGAGGGUCACAUGGUGGACGGCUGGAAGCCAGGCCAGGAUCCCAAGAUCGACUACUCGGGCGAAUUUGAGUUCGGCGGCUCGAUAGGCACCGGGUUCAUGAUGCUCUUCUUCCCCAUCCUCAUGUGGUACAUGUGGGCUGGCGCCACCUUCUACAACGGCAAGUUCCCCAGCCGCACUCCCGGCCAGAGCUGGGCUGAGUUCGGAACUCAUCUGGUCGACCUCGUCUGGACCAAUGCAUUCCCCCACUCAAAGGCAUGGAUUUGGUACUGGAGCUACCUCAUCUUCGAGGGCGCGUGCUACUGUCUUCUUCCCGGUGUCUGGGGCAAGGGCAAGCCUCUUCCCCACGCCGGUGGCAAGCAGCUCGAUUACUUCUGCAAUGCCUAUGCCAGCUUGUACACCACGUUCGCCGUCCUGGGUGCCCUGCACUUCUCCGGCAUCUGGCCCCUCUACACGGCCCUCGAUGAGUUUGGUCCUCUGUUGUCGGUUGCCAUCUGCAGCGGCUUCAUUGUCAGCUUCGUCGCUUAUUUCUCUGCGUUGUGGAGAGGCAAGCAGCACCGUAUGACUGGCUACCCCGUCUAUGACUUCUUCAUGGGCGCUGAGCUGAACCCUCGCAUGUUUGGUAUCCUUGAUUUCAAGAUGUUCUUCGAGGUUCGCAUGCCCUGGUACUUCCUCCUGAUUCUCAGUCUCGGUGCGGCUGCGCGUCAGUAUGAGCAGUAUGGCUACGUUUCUGGCGAGGUCAUGUUCCUCGUCAUGGCUCACUACCUCUAUGCCAACGCCUGCGCCAAGGGCGAGGAGCUCAUCAUCACGACUUGGGACAUGUACUACGAGAAAUGGGGCUUCAUGCUCAUUUUCUGGAACCUUGCUGGUGUCCCUCUGUCUUACUGCCACUGCACCCUCUACCUGGCUAACCACGAUCCCGCCACUUACCGCUGGAACCGCUACGCCCUGGUCGUUAUGUACGGUGCCUACCUUUUCUGGUACUGGGUGUGGGACAGCUGCAACAGCCAGAAGAACCGCUUCCGUGCCAUGGAGAAGGGUAACCUCAUCAAGCGCAACACGUUCCCCCAGGUCCCUUGGCAAACCCUCAAGAACCCCAAGACCAUCAAGACUCCUCAGGGCACCAUCCUUGUCGACGGUUGGUAUGGCCUUGCUCGCAAGAUCCACUACACCUCUGACCUUUGGUUCUCCGUCUCCUGGGGUCUAAUCACCGGCUUCGAGAGUCCCUUCCCCUGGUUCUACCCCGUCUUCUUCGGAUGCAUGAUUGCCCACCGCGCGCAUAGAGACAUCACCCGCUGCCGCGCCAAGUACGGCGAAGCGUGGCUCGAAUAUGAACGACAGGUUCCCUAUCUCUUCAUUCCUUACGUCAUCUAA